GGCGGCGGCGGCACCGAGCGGAGCGAGCGGAGAGCGGCAAACGGCAAACGGCGGAACGGGCACGGGCACGGGCAGCGCCGGACCGCGGGCACGGCCGCAGCCCCGCCGGGCUGCCCUGCCAACAGCGCCUGCCCUGCCCGCAGCGCCGCCCCGCCCCGCCGAGCCUGGGGGCGGAGGCCCCGGCCUGCCCCGCCGCCCCUCACGGCGGCCUCGCACAGUUUUACCAAAAAACGGACAAUCCGCCGCGAUCGUUUCUAUUCUUCGGCACGGAAAAAUCCCCGAAAAAAUCAACUUUUAACCCUUAAAAAUCCAAAUAAAUGGACAGUAUGUCUCUGGCCAACACCCCGACCAGCAACGACGCGUGUCUGAGCAUCGUGCACAGUCUGAUGUGUCACCGUCAGGGCGGCGAAAGCGAAACCUUCGCCAAGCGCGCCAUCGAGAGUCUGGUGAAGAAGCUGAAGGAGAAAAAGGACGAGUUGGAUUCGCUGAUCACGGCCAUCACCACCAACGGGGCGCACCCCAGUAAAUGUGUCACCAUCCAGAGGACUUUGGAUGGCAGGUUGCAGGUCGCUGGCCGCAAGGGUUUCCCUCACGUGAUCUACGCGCGGCUCUGGCGGUGGCCGGACCUGCACAAAAACGAACUGAAACACGUCAAAUAUUGUCAAUACGCCUUCGACCUGAAAUGUGACAGUGUCUGCGUUAAUCCGUAUCACUACGAGCGCGUCGUGUCGCCCGGCAUCGAUCUUUCGGGACUGACGCUGCAGAGCUCAGCCCCCUCCGCCAUGUUGGUGAAGGACGAAUACUCCCACGACUACGAGGCCCAGCCUUCGCUCUCCUCGGCCGAGGCCGUUUCGGCGCCGACCAUCCAACACCCGCCCGCCAACCGCGGCGCCGCCGCCGCCGAACCCUUCGGCGCCGCCCCGGCGCUGCUGCCGCCCGCCGAGGCCGCCACCACCGGCACCACCAACUUCCCCAACAUCCCCGUGGCCUCCACCAACACCACCACCAGCUGGACGGCCAAUCGGACGGCGGCGUUCGCUCCGGGGGUUCCGCAUCACCAGAACGGGCACCUGCAGCACCACCCCCCGAUGCACCCCGGCCACUACUGGCCCGUUCACAACGAACUCGCGUUCCAGCCGCCGAUAUCGAAUCAUCCUGCGCCAGAGUACUGGUGCUCCAUCGCCUACUUCGAGAUGGACGUUCAGGUGGGUGAGACCUUCAAGGUCCCCUCCAGUUGUCCCGUGGUCACCGUGGACGGUUACGUGGAUCCAUCCGGCGGCGACCGGUUCUGCCUGGGGCAGCUCUCCAACGUGCACCGGACGGAGGCCAUCGAGAGAGUCCGGUUGCACAUCGGGAAGGGGGUACAGCUGGAGUGCAAAGGCGAAGGGGACGUUUGGGUGCGGUGCCUGAGCGACCACGCCGUGUUCGUGCAGAGUUAUUACCUGGACAGGGAGGCCGGGAGAGCGCCGGGAGACGCCGUGCACAAGAUUUACCCCAGCGCCUACAUCAAGGUGUUCGACCUGCGGCAGUGCCACCGGCAGAUGCAGCAGCAGGCCGCCACCGCUCAGGCCGCAGCCGCCGCUCAGGCCGCAGCCGUGGCCGGGAACAUCCCCGGGCCCGGAUCCGUGGGAGGCAUCGCCCCGGCCAUCAGCCUCUCGGCCGCCGCGGGCAUCGGUGUGGACGACCUGCGGCGUCUCUGCAUCCUCCGGCUGAGCUUCGUCAAGGGCUGGGGGCCCGACUACCCCCGGCAGAGCAUCAAGGAGACGCCAUGUUGGAUCGAGAUCCACCUGCACCGCGCGCUGCAGCUGCUGGACGAGGUGCUGCACACCAUGCCCAUCGCCGAGCCCCAGCCCCUCGAUUGAGUUCCACUUCCGGGGCUACUUCCGGUUCCAUUUCCGGGUCUAUUUCCGGUUCGACUUCCGGUUCUGAGACUACUUCCGGUUCCAGUUCCGGUCCCAUUUCCGGUUCCCUCCAGCUAUUGGACAAGGAUUUAUACAGUGUGCCCAUCGCCGAGCCCCAACCAUUGGAUUGAGCGGCACUUCUGGGUCUACUUCCGGUUCCGGCGUCACUUCCGGUUCUGCUUCUGGUUCUGGCGCUGCUUCCGAGGCCACUUCCAGUUUCAGUUCCGGUCCUACUUCCGGUUUUGGAUCAACUUCUGACUCUACUUCCGGUUCCGGCGCCACUUCCGGUUCCAUUUGCAGUUCUACUUCUGGUUCCAGCAUCGUUUUUAGUUCAACUUACGGUCCCACUUCCGGUUCCGGCGCCACUUCCGGUUCAACGUCCAGUUCCAUCACCAUUUCCGGUUCCUCUUCCGGUCCUACUUCCGAUUCCAGCGAAAUUUCUGGUUCCACUUCCGGUUCCGGCCCAAUUUCCGGUUCUCUCCCGCUCCUGGAUGAGGUCUUGAGAACCGUCCCCAUGGAUUGAGUGACGUCGCCACUUCGGCUUCCAGUUCCACUUCUGGUUCCGGUUCCACUUCCGGUUCCCUCCAGCUAUUGGACGAGGACUUCCACAGUGUGCUCAUUGCUGAGCCGCAGCCCCUGGAUUGAGUUCCGGUUCCGGUUCCGUUUCCGGUUCCAGCAUCAGUUCUGAUUCAAUUUCCGGCUCCACUUCCAGUUUUGACGCCAUUUCCGGUUCCACUUCCAGUUCCAAUUCCGGUUCCACUUCCUGUUCCCACGCCAUUUCCGGCUGUAACUUCCGGUUCCAGCACCACUCACUUCCGGUUCCAUUUCCGGUUCCCACCAGCUAUUGGACGAGGAUCGCACACCGUGCCCAUGGAUUGAUCGACAUCGCCAGUUCCACUUCCGGUUCUACUUCCGGUUCCGGUGCCAUUUCCAGUUCCGUUUCCGGACCCGUUUCCGGUUCCACUUCCGGUUCCUGGACGAGAACUUUCACACUGUGCCCAUCGCUGAGCCGCAACCCUUGGAUUGAACAUUACUUCCGGUUCCUACGCUAUUUCCGGUUCCAUUUCCAGUUCUACUUCCGGUUCUCAAGCCACUUCCGGUUCGACUUCCGGUUCCAGCAUAGUUUCCGGUUCUACUUCCGGUCCCGUUUCCUGUUCCUGCCAGCUCCUGGAAGAGGACUUGCAGACUGUGCCCAUGAAUUGAUCGACGCCGCCACUUCCGGUUCCAUUUCCGGUUCCAUUUCUGACGCCAUUUCCGAUUCCGGUUCCGGUUCUGGUUCCGGUUCCACUUCCGGUUCCUGGACAAGGACUUGCAGACAAUGCCCAUCACGGAGCCACAACCCUUGUAUUGAGCAGCACUUCCGGUUCCGGCGCCAUUUCCGGUUCCACUACCGGUUCCCUCCGGCUCACAGACGACAUUGUUGACACCAUGGCCAUGGCCGAGCCACAGCCCCUGGAUUGACCCUCAUUUCCGGUUCCGAGGCCACUUCCUGUUCCAUUUCCGGGUCUACUUCCGGUUCCACUGCCAUUUCUGGUUCGACUUCCGGUUCCCUCCAAAUUUUGGACAAAGUCUUGCACAUGGUGCCCAUGGAUUGAUCGACAUCGCCACUUCCGGUUCCACUUCCGGUUCAAUUUCCGGUUCCACUACCGGUUCCGUCACCAUUUUCAGUUCCAAUUCCGGUUCUACUUCCGGUUCCGAUGCCAUUUCCAGUUUUGGUUCCAUUUCCGGUUCCACUUCCGAUUCCCUCCGGCUCUUGGACAAGGUCAUGUGUACCGUGACCAUGGAUUAAACGACAUCGCCACUUCCGGUGCCACUUCCGGUCCCGACGCAAUUUCCGGUGCCAUUUCCGGUUCCACUGCCGGUUCCCUCCGGAUCUUGGACGACAUCUUGAGCACUGUGGCCAUGGAUUGAUCAACAUCGCCACUUCCAGUUCCGCUUCAGCUUCCGGUUCCGGUGCCAUUUUCAGUUCCAGUUCCAGUUCCGAUACCAUUUCUGGUUUUGGUUCCACUUCCGGUUCCGGUUCCCUCCGGCUCCUGGACGAGGACUUGCACACGAUGCCCAUUGCCGAGCUGCAAGCCUUGGAUUGAUCCUCAUUUCCGGUUCCGUUUCCGACGCCAUUUCCGGUUCCACUUCCAGUUCCACUUCCGGUUCUGAUGCCGUUUUCGGUUCAACUUUGGGUUCCAGCGCCUAUUCCAGUUCUACUUCUGAUUCCGGCGCAACUUCCGGUUCCACUUCCGGUUCCCUCCGGCUCUUGGAUGAGGUCUCGAGCACCGUGCCCAUGGAUUGAUCGAUGUGGCCACUUCCGCUUCCGGUUCCGUUUCCGGCUCCAGCGCCAUUUCCGGUUCCAUUUCCGGUUCAGUUUCCGGUUCCCUCCGGCUCUCAGACGAGGUUUUGGACACCAUGACCAUCAUCGAACCUCAACAACUGGAUUGAGCCUCACUUCCGGUUCCGGCGCCAUUUCCAGCUUCACUUCCGGUUCCACUUCCGGUUCCAGUUCCAGUUCCAGUUCUAACUGGCUCCUGGACGAGGUCAUGUGCACCGUGCCCAUGGAUUGAUUGAUGUCACCGCUUCCAGUUCCGCUUCCGGUUCCGUUUCCAGCGCCAUUUCCGGUUCCAGUUCCAGGGCCAUUUCCGGUUUCAUUUCUGGUUCCGGCGCCAUUUCCGGUUCCGGUUCCCUGCAAAUCUUGGAUGAGGUCAUGUGUACCAUGAUCAUGGAUUGAUUGACGUCGCCACUUCCGGUUCAGUUUCCGGUUUGGAAGCCAUUUCCGGUUUUGGUUCCACUUCCGGUUCCAGCACCACUUCCGGUUCCCUCUGGCUCUUGGACGAGGUUUUGCCCAUCUCCGAGCUGCAACCCAUGGAUUGAGCCUCACUUCCGCUCCUACUUCCGGUUUCAGCGCCAUUUCCAGUGGAACUUCCGGUUCUCGACGCAAUUUCCGGUUUCACUUCUGGUCCUACUUCCAGUUUCGGCGCCAUUUCCGGUUCAGUUUCCGGUUCCCUCCAACUUUUGGACAAAAUUUUGCACAUGGUGCCCGUGGAGUGAUCGACAUCGCCGCUUCCGGUUCCGGUUCAAUUUCCGAUUCUACUUCCGGUUCCGGCGCCAUUUCCGGUUCGAGUUCCAGUUCCAGUUCCGACACCAUUUCCGGUUUUGGUUCCAUUUCUGGUUCAGUUUCCGGUUCACUCCGGCUCUUGGACGAGGACUUGCAGACCGUGCCCAUGGAUUGAUUGACAUCGCCAGUUCCAUUUCCGGUUCGACUUCCGGUUCCGACGCCAUUUCCGAAUCCACUUCUGGUUCCACUUCCGGUUUUGACGCAAUUUCCGGUUCUGGUUCCGACACAAUUUCCAGUUCUCGAUGCCAUUUCCGGUUCCAUUUCCGGUUCCUGGACAAGGACUUGCACACCAUGACCAUCAUCGAGCCUCAACCAUUGGAUUGAUCCUCACUUCCGGUUUUGCCGCCAUUUCCGGUUCCGGUUCCGUUUCCAGUUCCACAUCCAGUCCCACUUCCGGUUCUGGCGCCAUUUUCAGUUCCGGUCCCACUUCCGGUUCCAGUUCCGGUUUUUGACACCAUUUCCGGUUUUGGUUCCAUUUCCUGUUCAGUUUCCAGUUCUACUCCCAGUCCCGGUUCUACUUCCGGCUCCACUUCCGGUUCCAGUUCCAUUUCCGGUUCCACUUCCGGUUCCGGUUUUUCCGAUUGGCGGUUUGGAAGAGGAAAUCUCAAUUUUGACCCAAAAAUGUUGAAUUUUUUACCAAAAAUGUCAAUUUUCCAUUUUGAUUUUUCUGCCAUUUUUUUGUCGCCCAACUGGAAGAGAAAAUUUCGAUUUUGACCCAAAAAUGUUGAAUUUUUUACCAAAAAUGUCAAUUUUCGGUUUCGAUUUUUCCGCCAUUUUUUUGUCAUCGAACCGGAAGAGGAAAUUUCGAUUUUGACCCAAAAA